AUGUCAUCGAGAGCCCUGAACGACUCAGUCAUUGACGACGAUGACGAGCUUUGCGAAGAAGGUCGUUGCCCGAACUGCAGACGCGUUUACGACGAGAGCACCAUCCAAUAUCGUGUCCCAGACGUAGAUGAGUUCAAAGCGGACCUGGCUCUAAAACAUCGAAAAGCAGCUGCGGCAAAGCGAAAAGAGGCCGAGAAGCGAGAAAUCGAGGCUUCAAGCCGGAAAAAUUUGGCCGGAGUUCGAGUCGUCCAGAAGAACCUCGUUUAUGUUAUUGGCCUUAAUCCAACCAUCCGUGACGAAAACCUAUUACUACAAACCCUUCGCGGUGACCAGUAUUUUGGUCAGUAUGGUGAUAUUGACAAGAUAGUGGUCAGCAAGGCGAAGCCAGGCGGCAACCCGAACCAAGGAAUCGGUGUCUACGUGACCUUCGCGAGAAAGUUAGAUGCAGCUACAUGCAUAGCGGCGGUCGAUGGAUCACCCAAUGGCGAUCGAGUCCUACGGGCACAAUAUGGCACUACCAAGUAUUGUUCUUCGUUUCUCCGCAACGAACCAUGCAACAACCGGAAUUGCACAUUUCUCCAUGAAACGGGUAAUGAUAGCGACAGUUUCAGUCGGCAGGACCUUUCGUCAAUGAACACACUGUCGUCUCAACGCUUCCCGUCAAACGGCUCAUCUUCCGGGGGUCAACAACCACAAAAUCAACCUAUCCAACGUCCCUCUCCAGCAGCUAGCCACGUUCGAACCGUCAACUCGCAGAAUACACAGUGGCAGGCUGUGAAGGAUGACGGCGGAGUCCGUGCAUCAAGUACAGAUUCAUCCGCCCUUCCAUCGUCUGCAAGCUGGGCAAAUAGGGAUUCUUUGGUUCAGAGAACACGACGGGAGAGUAUAGCAGCUAGUCGGUCGUCCCCAAGCCCAAAGCCUGCGAACGAGACCCUUGCUUCUAGGCCCGAGAAUGGUUAUGGCAAGGAACCUCAGCGAGCAUCAGAACAGCCUAACGUUGCGCCAGAGACAACUGAACCCACUGAACAACCCCAGACGGUACCACAGCCAACGUCUCCUUCGCCUUCGAUGGUAUUUGAUAAGCUGGUAAAAGCCGUGAAUUCGCCAGAAUUUCGGUUUCAAUUCUCCUCUGCAGCAUUGCCUGAGGAUGAGCUAGCAUUUAUUGAGAAUCAUCCGUCGUUAAUCGACCCAUACGGGGGUGUUAAGCGUCGUGCCAUGCGUGAGAAAGCGGAACAAGAACGGGCAAAGCUUGCACUAGAUGGAAAAUUCUUGCAGGCCCCCGCCGAGGAGGAGAACCUUGAAAGUGGCAGCUCACAGCUAGGCGGGGAACCAGAAGAAGUGCAUGCUACUAUCGGUGCACCAGGAAGGCAUUCCAGAGAACCGCAGUCCGCCAUACAGCCACCUUCUCAGCAGGCAACAGCAAACAACUCCACGGUGGGAUCCCCGGUCUCUGCUAGCCAUCAAUUUCAAAGUCUCAACAACGUCAAUGCCCGCAAUCUUUCACAACUCCAACAGCAGCAACUUAUGUUGCUCAAGUCUGCCGGAGGACAACACCCUAACAUCAUGGAUCUACAAGGAAUGUCAACGUCCGGUGCCUUUGAUCAAAACACACGCACAUUUCAAAAUCAAAUGGCUGGCAUGACUAACGUGCCGGGCCACACGAGGCAGUCAUCGCGAUUUUCAUUCGCCUACGACGUUAACUCCAAGAAUUCCAAUGGCAGGCUACUUGGUUCACAAGGCCCUAUGAUGCCAACCUCGAGCCCUAAUCCUCUCUCGAUCCCGGCCACCCAACACAACCUCGGCAACCAGUACUUUGUGAGCGGCAUCCAAGGUCCACCACCUGGACUAAAAACCGCGGGUACUCCCCCUGUCAGUGGCGGCGGCAUGUUUGCUCAAGGUCAUGGUUUCACAAGCACGAUGAACAAUAAUCUUGGGCUCGGUGCUAAGCAAGAUGGAAAUGCUGAUUUGAUGCGCGAACUUAUGCGUGCCAGGGGCGGCGCAAGCGGGAGUGUUCAAUCCCAUGAUGCAACAAAGCGUGAGUUUCUGUUUCCUUUAUUCCAACAGCAUAGCACAACCCCCCCUCAGGCUCCCGUUUCAGGUCUUUUAAACCCGCUCUAUGGCCAGCAACUUGGGUUAUAUCAAGACCCGGUGCCACAGAAGCAGAAAAAGAGGGGAAAGAAGCAUAGACAUGCUAACACUUCCUCCGGUGGAGGCGGUGUAGUGGAUCUUGCAGACCCGAGUAUUUUGCAGGCGAGAAUGCACCAAAGCGGCGCCAAUACUGCCGCAGGGCAGGGACUGUACGGGAGUCAGGGUCAAGAAGACGAAGACUUUCCGCCAUUAGCACCAGCUUCGAAGCCAAACUACGAUAAACAAUCUCCCGAUACAAUUCGUUUCCCCAUACGGACUACAAUCCCUGGCGAAUCGCCCUUGUCCUCGAGCAGGUCAGGCACUCCGGCUGUGCCGCCUGGGUUUAGUUUGCCCCAUGCACAUCCUUCAACAUCCCUUGUCCGGGAGUCACGAACAUCGAGUCCAUCCCUCCCAAAGACGCCUUUGACGAUAAAUCCGCCUCCUGGGUUAGUACAUCCUCAGGCAUUCACAGAAUCAAAUAUCAUCUCCGAAUCAGGCCGAGGAUCUCCCGUUACCCCUUUCAAACACCACAGUAGGGCGGCAGAGAUAUCCCUCGGAUCUCCUAAGUCAAGGACCAGCAGCAUUGCCAAAACCACUAGUCUACCAAGCGAUGCACCCAUAGCGAGAGCCCAGCAGACGUCUAACCACGGGAAGGGGAAACCACUAAAGCUUGAUCUUUCUACUUUUGAGAAAAUUCGCGAACCUGUGGCCCACUCGUCCACUCCUGUUCAAAAUGUAGCUGCAUUAGCAACAUCAUCUGCUGGGCCGGAGUCGAGGCCCAACACUCCGGGAACAAAUUCCCGUACAUCGAACUCCCCGGCUCCUCGCCAACCAAGAGUUCUACGUGUUGUUGACACUCCAAAGUCGGAGCAAGUCCUCCCCGCUACCACACCUGGUACAUCGGUCUGGGGCACAAAACCACGAGUAGGUGUACACAGCCUUUCUUCUAUUAGCCGACCAACGACACCUGCAGGCUCCGAAUAUGAUGCUCAAACGUCAGCGUCAGUUUCCCGUGCGAAUUCUCCACCACCAAGCAGAAUUGGAUCCGCGCCCGUUCGAUCAGUGACGAAAAGUCAAGUCAAGAAAGAUAGGAAAUUGAAAGCCAAAAAUGCUGAAGCGAAGAAAGACGAAAUACUUCUAACAAGCACGCCUGUCAGCAGCGAGGCCCAGGCCCCGAUAAUUGGUCGUAAGCGCAAGACCAAGAAAGCACCAAAGCACAACAAUGGGGAUGCAGAUACCAAUGCAUCAGAUGGGGAGCAGAAGGAGUCAUCCAGCAAUGAUAAUACAGCUAAAGCACAGCCUGAGCCUGCUAAUAUCCAACCGGAACCUCCAGCAAAGAUGAAUGCUGUAACUCAAGAGGAGGUAAAGAAACCCGAGCCCAAGAUCGCAGCGCCGGAUGAGCCAUGGCGAGAAAAUAACACCCUCCAACAAAUGACCAUCGAUGCAGAAGCUAAAGGUGUCCCAGUCAAGGAGCUAUUUCUUGAACGUACAGCAACCCUUCCUACCCUCCUAGGACAACUUCAACAACUCGGAGAUAUCGACUUGAACACACAUCCACUCUUCAAUCCACCAAACCUCGGCCAGCGUACAGACAUGAAAUGCAACGCAGAUGACUAUGAAAUGCUACACAACCCACUCGAACUAACCGAGAAUGACAGAAAGCAACUUCUUCGUGGUGAACCCAUCCGCAUCAAUAGCGGUGACCCUGACAAGCUCAAACACCGUGCCCUGAUCACACCUUCAGGCUGUAUCCUCCGCCAUCUAUCUGCCGACGAAGAAGACCGCUACCUAGCACUGGAGAAGAGCCUCUCAUCUGUCCUAGACGCCAUCCAAGAUUCCUACCCGUCCGUUCUCAUCUCAGAGCCAGACGUGACCAACCGCGGAGGCGGACUCGAUGCUCUCUUCGCCACCCCUGAAAAGUUCAACAUCUGCUGGGUCGACGAGGAUUCUUCUCGCAGCGGUCUCGUAUCUAGCAUUACCGCGGACGGCUCAUCUGCUAUUCUUUCAAACCCCCCGCACACAAGCAGCGCCGGAAGCACAGCUACCUCGGAGCCAGAAAUGGUACGCUCACACAACUGGGCUAUCAGCAGUGGCGGUGAAACGGUCCCUGUUCGCUCGUCGGCAUCCAAGUCAAUGAUGGGAGGACGUUGCCCCAACCUCGGCCCUGGACUAGAAGAGCUCAUGAAUAUGUCUGACUCGGAGCUUCGGGCGAUGAUUAGCUCCUCGCAGUCUGAGCUGGAUCUAUCUAGAAGGGAGGUUGAUGCUAUUGACAAGAAGGUCAUGGCUCUUGUCAAGCGGAACAAGAAGCUUGUGCAGCAGGCGUUGGCUGCGGCGAUGGAUUCGAUGAGCCCGUCGCAGUAA